CCAGCGCUGGAUUCCAAGAGACCGCUCGGAUGGAGAUUUAAAACUCGACAGCGCCAUGACUGUCCAGAAGAGCAGAUGGAGGGACGCGAGCGCGUUUGGUGUCAUGAUUAACACCCUGUUAGUGCCGGUGUGCUAAUGAGAAAAACAAGACAACAACUCAAGUGGAGCAACACUAAAAACAGCUGAUGAGGAGCUGCAAGAAGAAGAAGACACAAUUUGACAAAGUAUGGCUGCACCUGAUCUUUUAGACCCCAAAUCAGCCACACACAACACCAAACCACGGUUAUCCUUCUCCUCCAAGCCCAUUGCAUUCAACUCGGAGGAUGAUUGUGACACUAUAACCACCGUAAUGAAGUGGAAAACAGUGGUGGUGAUUUUCCUGCUGGUUGUUCUGUACCUGAUCAUUGGAGCCACAGUCUUCAAAGUCCUGGAACAGCCACAGGAGAGCUCGCAGAAGUACCUCAUCGCAAAUGAGAAAAUUGACUUCCUCUCCAGACAUGCCUGUGUCAACGUGUCUGAGCUGGAGGACCUGGUCAAGAAAGUGGUGGUAGCUAUCCGUGCAGGGGUGAAUCCCUCAGGUAACCUGUCCUAUGAGAGCAGUAUGUGGGACCUCAGCAGCUCCUUCUUCUUUGCAGGGACUGUCAUCACCACUAUAGGGUUUGGAAACGUCUCUCCACACACAAAGGGUGGCAGGAUCUUUUGCAUUAUCUAUGCCCUCCUGGGGAUUCCACUCUUUGGGUUCCUCUUGGCUGGAGUGGGCGAUCAGCUGGGAACCAUAUUCGGCAAAGGAAUUGCCAAAGUGGAAAAGAUGUUUGUGAAAUGGAACGUGAGCCAAACUAAAAUCCGUGUGACAUCCACAGUCCUGUUCAUCCUGUUUGGGUGCCUGCUGUUUGUGGCCAUCCCCGCCCUCAUCUUCCAGCACAUUGAAGACUGGAGUGCUUUGGAAGCUAUCUACUUUGUUGUCAUCACAUUAACCACUAUUGGAUUUGGGGACUUUGUGGCAGGAGGGUCUGAGAUUGAGUAUCUGGAAUAUUAUAAGCCAAUUGUGUGGUUCUGGAUCCUGGUGGGUCUAGCCUACUUCGCUGCAGUUCUCAGUAUGAUUGGUGACUGGCUUCGAGUCAUCUCCAAGAAAACCAAAGAGGAGGUUGGAGAGUUCCGUGCUCACGCUGCAGAAUGGACGGCCAACGUGUCAGCAGAAUUCAAAGAAACAAGGCGCCGUCUAAGCGUGGAAAUUUAUGACAAAUUUCAGCGGGCGUCAUACAUCAAACGCAAGCUGUCAUCAGAGAUAGAUCAAAAUCCAGGUCAGGACAUGAUGCCAUGCAAGAGGACCUUGUCCGUUAACUUCACAGAUGAACUGGAGAAAGAACCACCCCCGACUCUGACCAAAAACGGCAGCCUCUACCUGAACGGUCUUACCCCAGACUGCCCUGAUUGGGGCGAGAUCUCCAUUAUUGAACAUCUCAAAUAAGGUUGAAGAACUUGAGCCUCAGAUGCCCAUAGAAACAGAAAUAUAUAUAUACUGUAUAUAUAUAUAUAUGGGUCUACAUCUAUGCAUGAGUUCAAAGUUAUAUCAAAAACUUUCAUAUCUAGGCCUUUCUUUACUGGAUGUUUUGUGCUAUUAUCACCAUUAUCGAUGUAUUAGAAUCAUUGAAAUGGUGACUUUAUGCCUUGUACCUUGUAUAAUUAAUCUAUCUACAUUUUGUUGGGAUUAGGAUACUAUUCGAUGAAGUCAAUAUUCUUUAUCAAAACAUGACAAAACAGCUUUUAUUAUCAAGUGAAUCAUAUUUGUGCCUUAUUUGCCAUGAUGAACAGACUUUCAAGAAGCUGCUUCAUGUCGAGUUAUAAAGAAAAAUGAAUAUUACUGUUUUUAAUGAACCACAUCUCCAGCUCUUACAUCAUCUUAUCCAAACACAGAAAAAUGUAUUUGGUUUUAUGAUGUGUAUUCCACACCCAGCAUAUGCGAGUGUAUGUUUUACAGGGUACCAGGCAAAAAUGGGUGAGCGUUUAUGAUAUUGACACAGCUUUUCUCUGUCUCACCUAAUUUUAUUUCCGUUUUCAGUGGGAUGUGCCACCAACAGCAUGAUUUUGUAAUCAAAAUCUUUUUCCAAUGCAAAAUCAAGACAUUUUUAUGAUAUUCCUGAAAUAUGAAUAAAAUGAGAUUUUAGAUUCUGAUUUUAUAUGUAUUUGGAAUGAGAAACAUUAUGAUCAUAUGAUCACCAUAAAUGAAUUAGCUUGACAAUAAGUUUAUACCUGCUGGAUAAAGAAAGUUGCAUGUCAGUGCAAUAUGUAAAUACAUUUCUAGUAGCCUCCACAUGGUUUCAGUUUACUGUAACAUAGUUAUAUUCAAAUUUAACUUGACUUUGGAAACAGGUAAAAAGAAGAAAGGCCAAAUAGAAAUGUGUGUUUUUCUUCACUGGAGAAACAAGCUAUGACUUUUCAGACUGUUCAUUAUCAAUUUAUUUGAUCAUAAACUGCUAUUUUAUCAUAUGGUUUUAAUAAUAGCAUACAUACAUCGUGCUGUUUUGACUUUGAAAGAGUACAUUUUGUGCUCGAACAUUGUUUUAUUGUUUUUAGAUUACAAAAGAUUUAUUUUUGACACUUGCAUUAAAUGAAAUAUGAAUUACAGCAUCAAAACCUAAUAGUGCAUACUUUAGUGCAUACGUGUGCAUAUUCAAACACAGUUUCAACAGUGAUGAGUUAGAAUGGAAAACUUGAGUAAAGUUUUUCAAAGCAAAAAUAUUCUGUUUGUUGAAAAAAUACAUAUGCAUUGCAGUGUGAUGCCAACAUUUUUAUUGAUUUUUUUUUUACACAAUUUUCAUUGCCUUGAUUACUAUCUUUAUAUGCAUGCAGGAUACUAACUUUAUUUGGUAGAUGUCAACUGACAGAAAAGUAGUGCCAUUCUUAUUGUAGAAACAUUGUAAAAUCAUGUUGCCUUUACUCUGACUACACCACUUAGUACUUUACAUCCACUUCAAGGAAUAGUUCAGCCAAAAAUGAAAAUUCCCUCUUCAUUUAUUGAAAAUCCACUCUUAAAUUAUAUGAACAAAGAAGGUCAUUCACAUUUGGAUAGCCUGAGGACAUUUUCAUUUUUGGCAAAUUAUCCUUUAAGCUAACUUUUCUUGAAACUGCUAAAAGUCUUAUAAUGGUUAUUAAGCUUGGUUUCCUUGUUAUGCUAACAUUUUAAUAUUUUCAACCGCAUUUGUACAUUAUUUGUGAUGUUUCUAUAUCAAAACAAGCAUAUAAACAAGUGAUUGAGGACAUUGUUUUUAUGUCUAGAAAAAAAAUGCCACAUUGAGAAUUUCUGUGGAAAAUCCAAUCUUCCUUGCAAGACUGCUGCAGAUCUAUAGACUGCAUGUGGGAAAGUGGGCUGCUGGAUUGAGCCCUUGUGGGAAAGAGCGAUACCACACUAAACAAGUGCCCUUACAAAAACCCCAAACGCAAAUCCCACUAUCAGACAUUCCCCCAUAACUCUGU